AUGUGGGCAAAAUUUAGCAACGUACUCAAGCACCGGCCAGGGACACCGGCCCUAAGCGAGCAAGACGACGAGCCGGACGUUCUCGGGAGUGUUUACGAACAGCACCCCAACCUAUCUGUUUUCCAUGAACCAUCUGAAGUACCAUUCCCAUCGCCUAGCCCUCCAGCUUCACCGUCCCUCACAGGCCAGAAGAACGUGUUCAAACGGCCGAAGCCACGCAUCGACACCCCCACUGAACCAGCUACAUCUUCGCCUGUAAUAUCGCCCUUGAAUCUACCAAAGAAAGUCAAGUCCUCUUUGCAAACUCUUUCGAGCGAAUCAACACAGCGCCCGCUUCAGGAGAAGGCGCCAAACACGCCAUCCGACAGCAAGUUUAGUUCGCUGCGGUCGAUAGACUCUAUGCGAAUACCACAAGAGAAACCGCCCAUCACCCCAACGGCGGACGCCAAGUUUAGCUCCCUCCGCUCGAUCCUUCGUGACAGCAAUACGCCGGCAUCAGGGCGAAGUGUGCGGUUCUUCUCACGAGAUGCCUACAAGACGAUCACUCCGGACGUGUCUGCUACGAGCAGCGAGCCGGAGGAGAUGUCCUUCGCCGCCCGCCUACAGCGUGCAAAGGUUCAGUCGAGACGACCGGCACAAGAACUGUUUUCGGCGCCCACGACGCCGUCCCUUCUGACCGAGAUGCCGCCACCUAAUAUCUCCAACAUAUUUGAGCUCUCAAAUGAGGCGGAGCCGCCAGUCAUUCCUUCGGGCACCAAGACGCCACUGCUCGAUAGUGCCUUCGAAUUGGCCGAGGAGGAGGCGGAUGCCACGGCGAACGUCAAAGAAGAGGAUGACCGGCUGCCCAUGCCAUUAUCAGAAGCCUUGCCCGCCUUACCUCAAGUGCAACACGACCGUAGUCACUCGUUCAGCUUCGGACAGACUGUAUUCCGCUCGCUCAAUAGCGACGAUUCUAGCACAUACAGCGUAAAGGCGAACCGUGGCCGUGCUGUCAGCGACACCGUGUUCCACGCGUUACCACCCCCGCCGCUAGCGGACAAAGGGCCGCCUGAGGCUGACAUCAAUGACACGUCUGGCGCCAUGAUCGUGUACGCAUCUCCAAAGGAAAAGGACCCCUUCGCGGCCAACGCGACGACGUACUACACGCCAGGCACGAUGCUGCCGCCGACACCCCCACAGAUGCCCAAGGAGAAGCACGGGCGUACUCCUUCGCGUGAGGAAGACCUUAUAUGGUCCCUGCGUACGCAGCUCGCGCUGCAAUCAGAGCUCUGUGUCCAGUUCGAGGUGGACCUUGGUGCUCGAGAUGAGCUGGUUCGCGUGCUCAACUCGCGGCUAGAAGAAAGCGAGCGCGAAUGUGAGAGGCGGAAGGGCGUCGUGAAGAACUGGCGGAAGCGAGUGUCCGAGCUGGAGCGCGCCGUGCGCGGUCUUCAGGAGGAGGUCGAUCGCAGUCGCGAAGAGAGCAUGGACCGCAGCAUGAUGGACGAGGCGAGUGGGCAGGCGUUGCACCAGCUUCACCGCCGGAUCGAAAGCCUGGAGCGGGAGCGUGCGGACGGCGAUCGGCGGGAGCAAGAGAUGCGGGAAGAACUCGAAGCAAGAGUGUAUGAGCUGCAGGAGGUCAGAGACGAGCUCGCACGUAGGGAUGAGAGCGAGCAGGAGCUCAAGGCGGGCAUCAGGGCAGCCAAGGAGGAGAUGGAGCAGAUGGGCGAACUGACGGGUAACCAUGAGGCAAUCGCGCGCCAGAUACACCUCAACGAGGAAGCGGAGCGUCAGCGCGCCGCUGCAGAGGUUGCCUGGGACGAGGAGAGGCAAAAGCUGCUAAGUGAUAACGAAUCAUUGCGGAGUGAACACAUAUCGCUGCAAGCCCAGGUAACGGAAUUGCGCGAGGAGGUCGUGCGCAAGGACGCGGAGAUUGGCAUGCUGAAGGCUGAGGUAGAGGCGCAGUGGAAGCACACGGAGACUGGGAGCGAGAAGCUGCAGCAUCUUGUGCAAGAACGCGAUGAGCUCAAAGCCGAGGUCGACGCGCUCAACGAGCGUAUCUCCGGCAUGGAAGAGGAUUGGAGCCAAGGAGAGAACAAAAAGGUCGAGCUGGAGAAUGAGAUCCAGGAGCUUUGGGCAGCCAAGGAAGACUUGGAGCGGGAGCGGACGGAGCUUGAGGAUCAGCUCCGUGCUGAACAUGAGCAUUCCGAGCAUCUCACACAGGCCUUACAGGAGGGCGAAGACCGUGUCGCUACCCUUGAGCAAGAACGCCAAUACGCCCUAGAUAGAGCAGCGCGCUUCGAGGCACAGAUCAAGCAGCGAGAUGCAGAUGCUGCUGAGCUCUCGCAGAGGGCUAUCGCUUGCGAGCAGGACGCGGAGGAAGCACAGGAAGAGAUCAGCCGCCUCAAACGCGAACAUGCUCGCAUCGUCAACGAGCAGAGCCGCACCCUGCAGGACGUGGUGGCUCGCGAAGUGGAGGCUCGUGCAGGGCUGGAGGCUGUUGUCCGCGAGAAGGCCGAGGCUGACGUCCAUAUAAGUACCAUGAAAGAACGCUUGACAGCGCUGCAGGAGGAGACUGAACGCUUGAGGCGGCAGGUGCAUGCUUUACAGCAGGAGAGUGCGGACAAGGAGGUCAAAUUGGUCAAUCUCGCGAAACAACGUCAACAGGAUAAGGAUGAUAUCAAUGGCCUCAACAUUGCUCUUGACUCCAAGCAACAAGAGCUCGAGUUGCUUAAGAGACGCAUGAGCGUGCGCGGCACGGCUGGCAGUACUCCCGCAGCUGCAUCCAAAGUGCCUCAUCAACGCCGAGAGUCUUCCAUCUUCGGUACCCCCAGUGUUGGCGGGUCUCGUCCAUCGUCUGCCCUCUCGGACACAGUGGGUACCGGAAGAGACCGUAAGUCAACCGACACACCAUCCACUAUCACCAAAGCUGCCCUAGUCAAGAGCGCCCGCACCAACGGUAUGAGUGCACCUACGCAUGCCGCGAAACGUUCUCUCGAAGGCGCAAUGGGCCCACCUCCAGCCAUGUCCCGCAGCAGCUCAACAUCUGGAACCGCAACACCCACUCGGAUACCGUCGUCUUCCGCGACUCCUCGUGCCUCUGGUGCGCCAAGUGCGUACCAGAAGUCUGUUACUCCAGCCACUCAACGCCGAAUGUCUGCGUCACAAUUGGAUCCUUCACGUCUGCGGUCGACACUUGGGAGUCGAGAGCCCCUCUCCUCUGCUAGCGAAGCCGACGAGAAGGAAAAGGAGAACACCGCGCCCACUGCAAAGGCAAGGCGCAUGAGUCUCGUGGCUGCAUGA